AUGUAUCUGGCUCCUCAUCGCUCGGAGAUCUACAUCGACAAGCCUCUGCCCGCCAGACCAAUGCCCGACGAGGACCCUAUUGAAUACUCCGCCAUGUGGAGUGACUCGAGCUCCGAUUAUGACAGCGACGAUGGAAGUACCCUCGAGAGUUUCGCCAGCCCGAGCAGCCCCAGCGAGCCUCGAAAGUCCGUCGAAAGCUAUCCCAUCUUCGUCAGCUCGGACUCGAACGACCUGAACGAGUUGGACUUGGACGAGCUCGAUGAGCUCGAGGAGCUGGAGGACAUAGUCGAUCCCGCCCCCACCGAUCAUGUCAAUCUGGGUACAUCUCCACCCGCUCUGGACGACUCGCGCACGGACUCCAUCGACCUGGACGCCUCGUCGAUUAUCCUGGGUGCAAAUGCACACUACGGCCGCCCGCUGCAGUGGUCCCAGCAUGCAAAUGACGGCAAUCACUAUUUCCGCGACAAAACCUGGCAUUUCUUCCCCGAACUAGCCGCUCCGUCCUCCCAUGCCCUCGCCGGCCGCGCGAACUCGACCUCCGCCUCGACCAAAGCUCGCAAGGAAGGCCGCCUCAAUGUCUCUGCACGCCGCCGCAAGUGGUACUCCUUCGACCGAGGCCAUGCGUACCGCUCCCACGGCGUUCGUGAUUCGAUCAAGACUUACGUGCACAAAACGCUCGCACGGGACGAAGAGCGAUCUAAGACCGCUCCGCGACCGGUCACGGCACCCACAGAUCCGAUGGGCUCAUCGCGGCCCUUCCCACAGAGUAGUGAUGGAUCUGCGCCUGCAGUGCUUGAAAUCGACACCCGGCUAGCCAAUAUGUCCCUGGCUGGUCUCAGCACCGCCACCUACGAAAACCCUCGGGCAUCACCAACCACCCCGCGCGAGAAGCAGCCGGCCGGUCUCACGUCGCCGUACCCGCGAUUCGGCCCUUCGAGCGGGGAAGCUCCUGAAAAGGUAUCCGGCCGGGUGAUGAUCUCUCCGCCGCAGAACGCAACGAACCCGUCGCUGCCUCUCACAGCGAGCACAUCCUCCCCUCUUCCAUCUCCGCUGAAAGUGCACCUUCAGCAAAAUACCCGCGGGGCCGUCAGGGCUCUCCAGGGCAGCACAAUUCAAAUGCGACAUGCUCUGGGCGGCGCCAAGAAGAAAGAGCGCCGCCGUGAGGAACUCAAGUCUCAAAUCAGACUGGUCGGCACUGUCAACCCGCACACCUUUGGCAAAGCGGAUCCCUGGUCGCCUGCAUAA